AUGGCAUCAUUGAUGAGGAGAGAGGAGUGCAGCCAUUUUACCUCCAGUGCUACCACCACUUUUACCAAACGUUCCAUAGCUCUUGGGAUCCCACUAAAGCCUAAAGCAAGGCUUCUCGAGCUAGGUGGUGGACCCGUAAUUUACCCUCUCAUAAGUGCUGCACCGUAUUUUGCCGACAUCACUUUCGCUGACUUUUCCAAACCGAAUCUCGAACAGGUGGAGCUCUGGGUAAAUAAAGAUGCUGAAGCUCAUGAUUGGACUCCAUACUUUAAUCACAUUGUGGGAUCAUUAGAGGGCAAGGUUGGUGAAUCACAAAGUCGAGUGACGUCGCUAAGAAGUAAAAUCAAGACGAUUGUAACAUGUGAUAUUCUCAAAGAAGACCCCAACGGAAUUCUCGAUAUUGGUGAUCGUUCUGAAUGGUUUGAUGUCAUCUCUUUCAACUUUUGUUGUGAAGUCGUAUGCAAAACGAUUGAGAGCUAUCAAGAAACGCUUCUAUGA